AUGCCGUCCAAAACGGCGGGCCGCAUCGCGAAGGCGCAGCGGACAAAAAAGCCGCCCGGCCAGCAACACCAGAAGAACCACCGCUGGGAGUCCUUCAGCAGCAAAAUUGCUCAGCUGCAUUCUCUCGACCCGCUCCACAAGGUCCGCCGCCAUGACCUCGACGCCGACGCCGCUGGCGACCUGUCCGCGACCACCUCCUACUUCCGCAACGGCCUCGAGCGAUGGACCGACCUCAACCUCUCGCGCGGCUUCACGGCCUUCCGUCGCGCGGUGUCGCCCCUCUGCGACAGCCUCGCCCAGAUUCUGCACUUUGAGGACCGCAUCAUGGACCACCUCGCGGCGGCCAUUCGUGGAAGCCAAGGCCAGGACGACGGCCGGGAGGCUCUGGAGCCCCUCCUCGACCUGCUGGCCGCGUUCGCGCACGACCUGGGCAGCCGCUUUGUCGCUCGCGGCUACGAUGCACGCGCCUUUGGUCUGCUGGUCGACGUGGCACGGCACAAUACUGGCGCCGGAAUUGCGCGGUCACACCACCAGCAGAACCACGAGCUCGACGCCGCCGUCAUCGAGUGGACGUUUACGUGCCUUACGUUUCUGUUCAAGUACCUCUCCAAGCUGCUCGUUGCGGAUCUGCGCCCGACCUACGACAUCCUGUCCCCUCUCCUUGGACGGCCCGACCUCCGACCUCCGACUGACACAUUCUCCUCGUCUACUCCCUCCAAAGCCGCUUCCACGCCGGCUCCCUCCUUCCCACGAGUGCCCGGACACAUUGCACGGUUCACGGCCGAGGCCCUGAGUUUCCUUGUCCGCAUGACAGCGAACCCGUCGCGACGUGACUCGGCCAUGCCGUUUAUCGUCAACCACAUCCGCGACGACUUGCUGCGCGCGACCGAGGCCGCCGCCAACCAGACCAAACACAGCAACAAGAAGGUCAACACUGUUCAGCUCUACACGCAGGGCAUCAUGACCCUCUUUGCGGAGUCCACUAAGGGACCUAGUAUGACACUGCGGCUGUCUUCGGCCGAAUUGGUCGUCGGCAUGAUUCGUGCCGUCCCCGAGAACGAGCUGGAUCCGCAGCUGGCGUCCCGUGGCACACCCUGGAGCGACGUGUGCUGUGGUGUUCUCACCAGCAUCAUACACCAUGCAAACCACGAUGCCCUGCGGCCCGUGGUUGACGCCAUCCUGGCUGAUGCCGCGUCAGAAACUAAAAAGGUCGUGGCAGCGGCAAAGUCGAAAAAGGCUUCCGUUGUUGCUGCUGCGGGCCCAUGGAGACUGUCCAUCUUCAUUCGCCUAUUUGGGAUUCUUACCGGUGUGCGUGGUGGCGCCAAGAUCCACGACUGGGCAGCCCUCGUUCCCGCUCUGGCCGAGACGCUCGAGGCCAUGGCUGCAGCACCCGAAUCGCAAUGGCCGCCGUUUACGCCGCCAACUGCCAACGAGCCAGCAUCGCCCGUCUGGCGCUACAUUGUCGCCAAUGUCGCCAUUGUUUGGAACCAUACACCACCCUCCGACCUCCGCCCCCAGCUCCCCUCUCUCACAAAGUCGUUGCAGCGCGAACCGCUCGCCCGCUGGUUUGUUCCCUUCUGUGCCUACACCGCUGAGCUCAAUGCCGCCAAAUUCCACAGCACGUUACAGGCACCGUUUCAGGCGUUUGUGUCAGCACACUGGGCGCAUGACGGCAACGAGGACGUCCUCUGCGCCGUCUUGCCCGACAUGGUCAACGUCGGUGCCUUCCCCGUCGAUCGUGAGCGCCUGCGUCUGCCCCAGUCGUGGCAGGACAGCAUUGUGCGCAAGUUUGAGCAGCUCGAGGCCACGCCGUUCCCCGAGCGCGGUGUCUACGGCAAGGACCCAGCGACGUGGCGCGACCACUGCUUGCCCAAGUACGCCGCACUCCUGGGCGUGCUCGACAUGACGAUUGUGCACCCCUCGACGCCCGCGCGCAUCUCCGAGCUGCUCCUGCGCAAACUUAAGCUGGCACUACGGCCUACCUCUCCACAACUCGCCAACAACGACGAGACGACGUUUAUUGUCACGCAAGGCUUCCGUGCUUACCUGCGCAUGGCCAAGACCUUGGCUGCAAAGCCGGAUGCCGGUCUGCGACCAUUGUUGCGGGCGGCUGCGCCGCGUUUUGCCCGCCGGACAGGCUUUCUUGAGGCCCUCCUGCAGUACGAACAGCUGGUCCCUGAAGAGCCUGUGGCUCAGGGUGAGACAAAGAAGGACAAGCAAAAGCCAGAUACGGAGGACGACGAAGAGGAAGAGGAUCCCAUUGUCAAGGUCUUGGUUAGUAACCUGUCGGCACCAUCGCACGCGCUGCGCCUGGUCUCGCUUAAGAUCCUUGAGCGCAUUGGUGACAGCAACACCGCGACCGACUUGGCCACCUUUCCGGAACACGCCAAUGCGCUCGCCAACAUGUUACAAACCGAGGACAUUGGAUUCGCUCCCCACAACGUCCGCAACAUCGCCGCCCACCUGCGUAAACUGGCCCAGGUCUACGCCCACGUCACGCCCGGCUCCUGGAUCCAGGCUGCCAUCCCUGCCUUCCUCUUUGGCAUGCUGUCUGUGCCCCUUGCGCCAGUCUGGGACGACGCCGUCAAAGCCAUGAAGCAGGUCGCGGAGACCAACAAGGCCGGCGAGGAGGCCAUUGCUACGCUCGCCUUUGACUGGCUUGAGGUUACGUCGUCUUCGUCACGUCGCUCCUCUUACAACGGCCAGGCCGAGAGCAGCAGCAGCACCCACGACAACCAUGGUACCCGAAAGGGCACCGCGCCGCGCGCCCCGCCCACCGACUUUGAGUGCUUCAAGCUGGAAAAGCUCAAUGACUUGGCGCAGCAGACCGAGACGCUCGUCGCGGACCCCUCGGCUGUCAUGCUUCAGGCGUUCCAGGCCAAGCAGGAGGCUGUCCCAGCCUAUGCAGGCUAUGAGCGCGGCAAGGCCCUCAAGGUCCUUGCCGCAUUGCCGGGCGUGGCCGAGAAGCGGUCCCGCAAGCUGGUGCCACACCUUUUGUCUUGGACCGAGGACGUGGGCCCUCGCAUCGACGCGACCACGGAAGACGACCACGAAGAGGAAGAGGACGGCAAUGCUGAGGAUGAUGCCGUCUCUGAGGAAGAGAACCAACAAAACGGCACAAACGACGAAGAGAUGGACGAUGUCGACGACGUGGAUGCCGACGUUGACGCCGAGGCUGCCAACAGCGAACUUGGCAGCUGGUCAUUCCCCGACAAGAAGGCUCUGAUCGUUGUCUUCUCCCUCUUUACCAAUUCCCAGGUGCUCUACCAGCACGAAAAGGCGUACAAUGCUCUUCUCAAGCUGCUGGCCAACGGCGAUAUUGAAAUCCAGCGUCUUGCCCUCAAAGCCCUUCUCGCUUGGCGCCAGGACAGCGUUGUCAAGUACAAGGAGCAGCUCGACAACCUGCUAGACGAGAGCAAGUUCAAGAACGAGCUGACGCUGCUGAUGCAGUCUGACGAUGAGAAUAGCGCCAAUGGCAUCUUGCCGGAGCACCGUGCUGACCUGAUGCCUGUGCUGCUGCGCUUGCUCUAUGGCCGCACGAUCUCCAAGAAGGGCGCUGCCAGCGGCCGCCAGGGCCUCCAUGCUACGCGUCUAUUUGUUAUCCGCAACCUGGACGUUGCUGGUGUUGGUGGCUUCCUGCAAGUCGCUCUCGGCAACCUCCACGGUGUGCGCAUCCUGGACGGCGAAGGGGAAGAGGCCAACCUCCGUGAAAGCAUUUUUCCUAGCGCGGGUGGUGUCUCGAGUUUUGACGGCGAGGACGAUGCGCUCUUGUCUGCCCGCAAGCAGGUCGGCGUACUCAACAUGCUUGAACCUAUUAUCAACGAGCUGGGCAGCAACGCGACGCCCUUCCUCGAUUCACUCGUCAACGCCACGCUCUACUGUUUGAUCUGUGCUUGUCGUGGGCUGCAGAAUGCGACGUUGGCUGCUGCCGAACAAAACGGUGGCAACGCCGACGAUCCCGACGAGGACGAGGAUUCUGCCAAGUCGUCGGCCAACACGUCCCUCAUGCGCGCCGCCAAGACAGCUGCACUCCGCUGCCUCUGCGCCCUCUUCCGCAACGCACCCGACUACAACUGGGUCCCCUUCCGGAACACCAUCGUGACCGAGGUCAUUAGCCCCGUUAUUGACCGCCUGCCACAGGAGACCACCCAGGGCGUGUCGUGGACCUGGAAGCUGCUGUCCACCUGGGCGCAGCUGCCACAGUGCGUCUUAUUCCUGUCGGUCGACGCUCGCGUGCUCCCCAAAAUUCUCGAGAGUCUGGCUGCCAAGGCCAAGGAUCCUGUCAAGAUCCACGCCCUCAGCAUCGUCAACAGCCUCGUCCAACUGGCCGCCACAAACGAGGCCGUCUCCACCGACCUACUCAUGCCCAACAUGGACACGGCGCUCAUGCGCCUCAGCGCCGUGCUCCGGUCCACGGCCGAUGGCGGCACCACAGGCGGCAGCGAGAUCAACCGGGGCCUGCUUGAGGCCUGUGUCGACACCGUCGUCGCACUAGCCCCGAUGGUCCAAGCCACGACGCACGUCCGCAGCCUCGUCGACAUUGCCACCUGGCUUCUUAACCAACCGUCGCGGCGCGUCAACCCGCGCGUCAAGGGCUCGCUGCUCCUACUGCUUGAGCGCUUCAUCCAACUGGACAGCGAGAACGGCGCCGAGCCCGACACGACCCUCCAAGACAAGGUCUACACAACCAUUUCUUCGCUGUUUUCCUUCUUCAAAGACCGCGAGAAUCGCCAGACGCUGUGCCGCGUGCUGUCCGUCUUUGCUGCCGCACAAACCGGCAAAGGCAAGGCGGCUGUGGCGUACCGCCAGCAACUCCAGACCGUGGCCGACCUGUGCUUUGACCUCAACUCGUACACCGAGAGCCAGCUCGACGAGCCCAACUAUGAUCGUCGUCUGGCCGCGUUUAGUACCAUUGCUCGGCCUGCCGAUGGUGCUGUGCCCUUGACCGCGCAGCAGUGGCUGCCGAUCCUGCACAACAUGUUGUUCUUUGUGCGCGUCGACGAGGAGUACGGCAUUCUGUCAUCCAACGCGGCGGACGGCCUGUGCAAGCUGGUCUCGGAUGCUGCGAACGUCAAGACGCACCUGCCGAAGGAGGACACCGAGGACGCCAAGGCCCUGACAGGCUAUCUGACGUCGCUUGUUCUACCGGCCAUCUAUGCAGGUGCGCGAGACGCCUCGGAGACCGUUCGCCGCGAGAUUGCGCGCACCUUUGGCUUUGUCAUUGCGACGUUGCGUGCUUGGCCUCCGGUCGCGGACCUCGCCCCGCUAGUCCCGCUUGGCUCAACCGCGGAAGGCGACGAGGUAGACGGAGCGGAGGGCGACGACGCCAACAUGGAGGACACCAGCGACGCUGAGGACGACAAGGAGACCAACCGUGCCUUCUUCAGCAAUAUCUUGAACCCCACCAUCGCCAAACAGAUCCAGGCCAUGCAGGUGCUCGAGGGCAUCAACAAACGUCUGCCGCUGGGCAGCAAGAAUGUCAGCCAGUUUUUCAUCCCCUUCCUCGAGCACUUUAUCUUUGGCCGCGAAGACGGUGUCGACGACCGGGGUCUCGGGGCGCAAGCCACGAAUACGAUUGCAAUGUUGGCCUACUCGCUGGAGUGGAACCAGUACCGCGCGAUGCUACGGCGCUUUAUCACGUUCAUCGAGACCAAGCCCGAGCUGCAGAAGCAGGUUGUGCGCCUGCUCGACAAGGUUGUCGACGCAGUGGCUCAGUCGGCGGAGAAGAAGAAGGACGAAGAUACGGAUACCGCCAUGGAUGGCGCAUCACCGACCACACCGACCGCACGGACCGCCCCUGUUACGCCGAUUGUCAAGUGCCGUCUCGCAGCCACUCUCCCCGAGGCUCCGAAGCUCUCCGACGAUAUCCUCAACAACCUCACGCCGUCGCUCGUGGAACACUUGCACGAUAAAGACGAGGAGACUGUCAGUGCGCGUGUUCCUGCCGCCAUAAUUCUUGUCAAGCUGCUCAACCUGCUCCCGUCCGAGACACGCGAUCAGCGGCUGGCUGGUGUGUUAACCGACGUGUGCCACAUUCUUCGGAGCAAGAACUGGGACUCGCGCGAAAUGGCGCGUGAGACGCUGUCGCGCAUUUCCACGAUCCUGGGAUCGGGCGCUUUUGGGUUCGUGCUCAAGGAGCUGCGCGGCGCCCUCACCCGUGGCUACCAGCUGCACGUGCUUUCGUACACAGUGCACACGCUCCUGCUGGCGGUGAUUCCGCAGUUUGCGCAGGGCGAUCUCGACUACUGCAUCGAGCCCCUCAUGGCUGUCAUCAUGGACGACGUAUUUGGCGCUGUCGGCGAGGAGAAGGACGCGGACGAGUACGUCAGCAAGAUGAAGGAGGUCAAGAAGAGCAAGAGCCAGGACUCGCUCGAGCUCAUUGCCAAGAACACAUCCGUUAGCCAGCUCGGCGUGCUGGUACAGCCCUUGCACAUGCUGAUGCUGGAGCGCAUCACCAAGCACGUUGCCACCAAGAUCGACACGCUGCUGGCGCGCAUUGCUGCCGGCCUGGCCCAAAACCCGGCCGUGGCCGAGACGCGCGAGACACUCGUGUUCUGCUACGAGAUCAUCCAGGACGUGUACCGCAGCCGCACGCCGGCGGCCCAGGCACAAAAGAUUGACCCGCGCAUCAAAAAGUUCUUGUUCCAGAAGACGGAGCGCAACAAUGCAGGCCAGCGCAAGGCGGGCAAGUUCACGUACAAGCUGAUCCAGUUUGCCCUCGACGUGCUGCGGACGGUGCUGCGCAAGUACGAUUCGCUGCGUACGCCCGAGAACGUAUCGGGGUUCAUUCCGGUGCUGGGCGACGCGGUCCUUGUCGGCGAGGAGGAGGUCAAGAUUGCGGCGUACAAGUUGCUUGUGGUGCUCGUCAAGGUACCGUUCCCGGACAUGACGGCGUUCUCGGGGCUGUACCAGGUGUGCACAAAGGAGGCGAUCAAGACGAUCAGCACGGCCACGACGACGUCGGGCGACCUCGCCCAGUCGGCACUCAAGCUCGUGUCGGUGGUGCUGCGCAGCCGGCACGACGACGUGCCUGUGCGCAGCGUGUCGGUUGAUGCGUUGCUCACGAAACUCAAAGACGACCUGACGAACCCGCUGUACCGCCACGUGACGUUCAACUUCGUGCGCGCCGUGCUCGACCGCAAGAUCGAGUCGGCGGUUGUGUACGACACUCUCGACUACAUUGGCACCGUGAUGAUUACCAAUGACGACCAGGACACGCGGGAUCUGGCGCGGCGGGCCUUCUUCCAGUUCUUGCGCGAGUACCCGCAGCGGCGCAAGCGCUGGGAGCGACAGCUCGAGUUCAUCGUGGCCAACUUCAAGUACGAACGCGAGGGCGGCCGGCUGUCGGCCAUGGAGAUUGUGUACAUGCUGCUCCUCAAGGCCACGGCGGCGCUCGACACACCCGCGGCAGCGGCCAGCGAUCCCUUUGUCCAGGACAUUGUGGGCGCCAGCUUCCUUCCGCUGGUCAUGGUGCUUGCCAACGACGAGAGCGCCAAGUGCCGGCGCGUGGCAGGCGCGCAGCUCACAGCAAUGCUGUCCAUGGCCAAGCGCGACUACGUCAACGAGUUCCUCAAAAUGUUCCGCGCGUGGCUGGCGGCCGACGCGCGCGCCGACCUGGGCUCGCUCAAGAUGGGCCUCGAGCUGUUUGGCGUGUACUUUGCGUCGUUUGGCCAGGACGGCGCCAAUAGCGACAACAGUGACAACAGCGACAUCCCGGUGACGGCCCUGCCGUCGCCGGCGCUGUCGACGACGCAGGUGCAGGACAUCCAGGCGGUCAUUGCGCGCGUCACGGCGCUGCUGGCGUCCGACAAGGUGCGCCGCGGCGAGGUGUACAGCAAGCUGCUGACGACGGCGCUCGAGACGGUGCAGACCAUGGUGACCAAGUUCCCCGUGCUGGCGCUGGACCGGGCGCUGGCCGAGGAUAUGUGGAAUGGCAUUGAGCAGUGCCUGUGGCACGGCACGCACGCGGUACGCAUGGCUGCCAUGCAGCUGGUCGGGCUGUACCUGGCAGACUUUGCGCGGGCCGACAAGGCCAAGGUGGACGUCGAGCCCGGCACUUCGUUUGCUGGCACCUACGGCAUGACCCUUGACGACGACACCGUGUCACGGCUUGUGCGCGGCAGUCUGAGUGUGCUGUCGGGCAGCAGCGGGGACGAUGUGGAUCCUGUGGAAGCCGAAGAGGCGGCCAAGAUGUUGGUGCGUCUGGGACAGUACCUUCGCACCGAGGCGGAGGACGAUGACGAGAGUGAUGCGAGUGACGAUGAGGCGGAGGAGGACGAGGAGGCUGGUGAGGAAGAGGCCGACGACGACUCUGAUGAUGAUGAGGGCGAGGUUGUAGGCGACGACGAGGCCGAAGACAAAGAAGAGCAGGCUGCAGCCGCUUCCCAAAAGAGGCGACCGAUUGACCGACGCUACGUGCUACUGCGCCUCGCGCGCAUUGUCCGCCGCGAGACACCGCCCAAGCUCGCGUCGCUUGUGCCCAAGGCGGCCGCCAUGGCUGUUCUGGAAGCCUUCUGCAGCGUGCCGGGACGCAAGGCCAGCCACCCGGCCCACUUCGCGUCGCUGUCGCCCGUCAGUGUGCGGGCGGUCCUGCGGCCGCUGCGCAACCUCACCGACACGUCCAUCCCGCCGCCCUUCUCGGCGGACCCGCAGUUCGCGCCCCGCUACGACGAGCUCAAGCUGCGCGCGCAGUCGCUCAUGGACGUGCUGCAGACGCGCCUGGGCACGGCCGCGUACACGCAGCACCUGCUGGCGGUGGGCGCGGCGACGCGCGACCGGCGGCAGCACCGGGCGACGAAACGCAAGAUCGAGGCGGUGGCGCAGCCGGAAAAGUACGGGCGGGACAAGCGCAAGAAGCUGGACAAGAAGAAGGAGCGGCGCAAGGUGCGCAGCCUGGAGCACCGCGGUAUGCGGCGGGGCUACUAG